GCUUCACUUCGUCUUAGUCAUCACAUCAACUCUGCUGUUUGACAAUAAUCCUGUAAAUCAGAGGAAGAACCAGAGCAGAGGGAGGAAGGAGGAAAGUUCAAGUGUGACGGAGCAGAAAUCCAGUCCAGAAGAUUCCUGUUCGUCUCUGAAAGAAGGUCCAAGCGAGUCCAUCAGGUUUUCCUCCACAACACAGCAGAGUCUCUGAAACACUGAGAACCAACAUGUCUGCUGGCAGCAGCCUGAGAUCUGCAGAUCAGUUCCUGUGCUCCGUCUGUCUGGAUGUGUUCACUGAUCCAGUCAGCACACCAUGUGACGUCUGCACUGGAACCAGACUGAAGGCCCUGAAGUCCUGCUUGGUGUGUCUGGCCUCCUACUGUGAGACUCACCUGGAGCCUCAUCUGACAGCUCCACGUCUGAAAAGACAUCAGCUGGUGGAGCCUGUGGAGAACCUGGAGGACAGGAUUUGUAUGAAGCACGAUAAACCUCUGGAGCUGUUCUGUAAGACCGACCAGACAUGUGUCUGCACUCUCUGCCCUGUUUUAGACCACAAGAAUCAUGAGUUUGUUCCUCUGAGAGAAGAAUAUGAAGGAAAGAAGGCAGAUCUGCAGAAGACAGAGGCUGAGAUUCAGCAGAUGAUCCAGAAGAGACGACUGAAGAUUCAGGAGAUCAGAGAGUCUCUGAAGAUCAGUAACGAUGCUGCAGACAGAGAGAAAGCAGAAGGUGUUCAGGUCUUCACUGAUCUGAAGGAGUCUGUUGAGAGACGUCUGAAGGAGUUCAUGAAGGAGGUGGAAGACAAACAGAAAACUGCAGAGAAACAGGCUGAAGACUUCAUCAAAGAUCUGGAACAGGAAAUCUGUGAGCUGAAGAAGAGGAGCUCUGAGGUGGAGCAGCUCUCACGCUCUGAAGAUCACCUGCACCUCCUCCAAAGAUUCUCAUCCCUGGAAGAUGCUCCACCCACCAAGAACUGGACAGAGGUCAGAGUCCAUCCACCUCCAUAUGAGGGGACUGUGGUGAGAGCUGUGGAGCAGCUGGAGAAGAACCUCAGAGAGAAGAUGAAGAAGCUGCUCGCUGAAGUUGAGCUGAGGAGGAUCCAGCAGUUUGAAGCUGAUGUGACUCUUGAUCCUGAUACAGCACAUCCUAAACUCAUCCUGUCUGAAGAUGGAAAACAAGUCUAUCAUGUUGGUGUGAAGAAGAAUCUUCCAGAUAAUCCAGAGAGAUUCUGCACAUGUGUUGGUGUUUUAGGAAAACAGAGUUUCUCUUCAGGCAGAUUUUAUUUUGAGGUUCAGGUUAAAGGAAAGACUGAAUGGGAUGUAGGAGUGGCCAGAGAGUCGAUCAACAGGAAGGGACAAAUCACACUGAGUCCUCAGAAUGGUUACUGGACUGUUUGGCUGAGAGAUGGAAAUGAGUACGAAGCUCUUAAUGAUCCUUCAGUCCGUCUCCAUCCCAGUUCUCCUCCUGAGAAGGUGGGGGUGUUUGUGGAUUAUGAGGAGGGUCUGGUCUCCUUUCAUGAUGUAGAUGCUGCAGCACUUCUCUACUCCUUUACUGGCUGCUCCUUCAGGGAGAAACUCCACCCGUUCUUCAGUCCUAGUAACAAUAAUGGAGGUAAAAACUCUGCUCCUCUGAUCAUCUGUCCUGUCAAUCAAACUGUCUGAUCUUUGAUGUAAUGAAUCUUCAUCAACUCUGAAUGUUCAUUGUGUGUGUGUGUGUGUGCGUGCGUGCGUGCGUGCGUGCGUGCGUGCGUGCGUGCGUGCGUGCG